AUGGGUAAGAAGAACAGAAGAGAUGAAGAUUAUCUAGACACUCUGCUUGGGUCGGUAAACAAGGCGAACAAAGAAAAACACAAGAAGGGAGAGGAUCUAGAAGAAGUGGAAAAGUCUGUGGAUAAAAUUAAAAUAGAUGGAAAUGAGAAGAAUUUGAGACAUAGUGAGAAAGCAGAAAAAGAGAAGACGGGGAGUGGGGAGCCAAUAUUUGAGUUUAAAAGCCCAAUAUGUUGUAUUUUGGGACACGUCGAUACGGGUAAAACCAAGCUUCUUGACAAACUCAGGGAGUCGAAUGUACAAGGAGAGGAGGCAGGAGGGAUAACACAACAGAUUGGCGCAACAUUUUUUCCUGUGUCUGAACUGUUCAAGAAAUGCGGAAAGAAGGACUCCAAGCUUCCAGGGAUUCUAGUUAUUGAUACACCGGGGCAUGAGUCCUUUGCCAAUCUGAGGACGCGGGGAUCUUCACUUUGUAACCUUGCAAUAUUGGUUGUUGAUAUAGUUCAUGGGCUUGAAGCCCAAACUCUGGAAAGCAUAGAGCUUCUUAGAAGGCGCAGGACGCCAUUUGUAGUUGCUCUCAACAAAAUAGAUAGGCUCUACGGGUGGAAAUCUACUUCAUUUGGAGGCGUUAAAAACACACUUAAGAAACAAUCAAGAGCAACCAUUGAUGACUUUAAAAGAAGGGUGAACAACACAAUUGUGGCAUUCGCGGAAAUAGGUCUGAAUGCAAAGCUGUUUUGUGAGAACACGGACCAAAAAAGAUUUGUUUCCUUGGUUCCUACCUCUGCAAUGUCAGGAGAGGGAAUCCCUGAUCUUAUAUCUUUGAUACUGGAACUGUCUGAGAAAUAUAUGGGGUCCAAGAUGAAAAUCAAAGGAGAAGUUGAAUGCACUGUCCUGGAAGUAAAAAACGCUGAGGGUUUUGGGGUGACACUAGAUGCUAUUCUAAGUAAUGGCGUGCUAAAAGAGGGUGACAGGAUCGGAGUGUGUGGUUUCAAUGGGCCUAUAAUCACAACUAUCAAGGCCUUACUCAUGCCUCAACCUCUAAAGGAAUUGAGAAUGAAAAAUCAAUAUAUUAUCGUGAAAGAGGCAAAAGCUAGUUUGGGGAUCAAGAUUGCGGCUGGGGGGCUUGAAAAGGCAAUAGCAGGAAGCCGGGUGCUUGUAGUGAAAAACAACGAAGAUGAGGUGAAAAACACUCUUGAGGCAGACUUAGAGUCUGUUUUUUCAUCUAUGGAGCUUCAUCAGGAAGGGGUGCAUGUUGUAUCAAGCACACUUGGAUCAUUAGAAGCCUUAGUUUCAUUUCUGAAAACCUCAAAUGUUCCAAUUGCCGGGGUAAGCAUAGGAACAGUAAGGAAGAAGGAUAUGAUCAUUGUAUCUUCCAUGGCAAAAAGGCAUAAGGAAUAUGCUGUGAUUCUCUGUUUUGAUGUGGUAUUGGACAAGGAGAUAAGGGACAUGGCUUCUUCGAUGGGGGUGAAGAUAUUUGAAGCAAAGAUAAUUUAUCAUCUUCUUGACUCAUAUUUAAAGUUUGUAGAAGAGGAAAAAGAAAAAAACAAGAAGAUGCAUAUGGAACAAGCGGUAUUUCCUGUUCAGAUGUCGAUUGUCCCAAAGUGCAUUUUCAACUCUAGGAGCCCGUUAGUAAUAGGUGUUCAUGUUCGGGAGGGAAUUCUGAAAAUAGGGACACCGUUGUGUGUGUUCAAGGAAGAUCAGGUUGUUAGGCUUGGAACAGUAACCUCUAUUGAAAAUAACAAAGAGGUGGUCAAAGAGGCAACCAAGGACCAAAAAGUGGCCAUCAAGAUUGAAGCGAAACACAACCUUCCACCUCGUAUGUUCGGGAGGCAUUUUGACCAAGAAGAUAUUAUAUAUUCUAUGGUUACAAGGGAAUCGAUCAGUAUCUUGAAAAAGUACUUUUCGGAUGAGCUUACUGAAGACCUUAAAGCUUUAUUGGAAAGGUUAGAAAAUAAAUUUGGUAUUUUCUAUUUUUGCAUUCUGCUUUAG